AUGGUUCCACAGUUUCUCACAUUGUUAACGCUCUGCACGGCAGAGUUGGGAUACCAAUAUCAGCAGCCUGGCACAAAUUUUGGCUAUGAAUCGGAUGCAUCGUUGGCAAUCAAUCAUGGCAGUCAUCAGUCCAGCGAUCACUAUCAGGAUCAUGCCGACUUCCACAAGCACUUCUAUGCAUUCGAGGCGCCCUAUGACUCCUCCGAGGAGGCUGACCUGGUAGAGCACAAGCUAUCAGCAAACUCGCAGAAGAACUUACAGGUGGUAUUCAUCAAGGCGCCGGAAAACAAGGCUGUACAGGGUGCCCUCAAUGCACUUGUGAAGCAAACCAGCGAGGACAAGACUGCCAUCUACGUGCUGAACAAACAGACGGAUCCCAAUGAACUGGCAAGCAAAAUAACCGCUUUGCAAGCACAACGUAAACACAAGCCACAAGUUCACUUUGUCAAAUAUAGGACAGAUGCGGAGGCUGCCCAUGCCCAGCAGCACAUUCAGGCACAGUACGGAGGUGCAACGGGCCAAGGCUUGCAACCAUUGUCGCCGCCAUCUUUGGGUUACUCGCAGCAAGCACAGUUGCCACUGGCGCCUCAGGGAUACUUUCCGCCAGAGUUGCCACAACAGCCAGAAUUUCCACAGCAGGCGCAAGCACCACCGCAGGGAUACUAUCCGCCAGAGUUGCCCUCGUCGGGAUACUCGCAGCAGCCAGAGUUGCCACAUGCAACGCAGGGAUACUAUCCACCAGAGUCAUCUCAAUUGCUACCCACACCACAUCCAAGUUAUGCCAACUAUGCCACUUCAUACCAGGGCUACAACAAUGUCAAAGAUCAGGAGCAAGUCGAGUUACCUGCUCUUCCUCUGGCACAGCAGCAGUUGGCUUCCAGCCCAUACGACUUGGAUGCACGCACUGCGAGAUCACGUCGAAUCGAUUUUCGAGUCAAUGAGAGACAUCGUUCAGAUGGUCGCAUGGUCUUUCCCACUGAUACGCCAGCUAAGAGGUAUCUGCCAGUUCAGAGGCGCAGAAAACGUGCCCUCUUCUAA